UGCAUAAGGGAACCAGUUCAAAAAACAUCAACAUUUUCAUUCUCUACAAAACAUUCUUUUCCUUGUACAAAAAGAAUUCAAUUUCAAUUCCACUCAAUUCAUAUCACUCCAUUUCUGUGAAUCUGACUCCUCUCCUGAUCUCUCAAACAAAAAAAUACAAAUGUUAGUUGGGUUGAUAUUUUGUUUCAGUGCCAAGUUAUAGGAAAAUUUCUAUCAACAAGUAAAGGAGAGAAUGGUCGUUGAUGGUAAUGGAACUAAUAAAUGGAGAGAGAAAGAGAUGGAAGGAGAGAAUAAUUUAAGAACUUUAGAAUGUUUUAGAGGAAGAUUACUAGCAGAAAGAGUAGCUUCAAAAGCAGCUAAAGAUGAUGCAGAAUUCAUGGAAAACAAGUUAAUGGAGCUAGAAAAACAACUAAGUACAGAGACUGAAUUGAGAAACAAAGCAGAGAAGAAACUAAAGUUACUAAUGAAAAAGAUGAAAUCUGCAUCACUUGUAAAGUCAUCUACUAGUACUUCAUCAGAUCUCGGAGAACCAGAAAAGCAAAAUUCUGAUUUACAAAUUUCUAAACUAGUACAAUGUAGUACGUCACAGGAGGGAAUUUCUGAUAGUUCAAUUACAAGAGUAAGUAGAGAAAAUUCAGUAUGUACUUUAUCAAAUCAUGAUCAUCAAAUGACAACAACUGUGAGUAGUUCGGGCUCUGUGGGUACAGCUCAUUCUUGUGAGAAUAGCGACGAUCGUUUUUUCAAGGAUAAACCAAGAGAAUGUUAAGAGGAAAGACAACGUGACAUUCAAGAGGAAUAUACGAGACAAACUUUGACAGAUGAAAAAGAGGCAAGCGAAAACAACUUAAAAAAAAGAUUAACAGCUCAGACGAGUUUGUCAAUAACUCGUUGGCUUUAGUUCCGGCUACUAUUUGGCCAACGUCAACAACUAAUAAAAAAAAGAUUAACAGCGGAGAAGUUCUUGAUGUUCUUACUGCUUUAGGACAUGCAAAGAAACAACUUCACAACUCAAUGGGGAGAAAAGAUGUUAUUUGCUCCAGAUGAGUGACUUCUGUUUCUCCACAGUUAAAACACCACAAUCAAGUCUUAAUCAAGAUCGCAAGAGUCCUUUUCAAUUUUCAUGGACUUCAUUUGGAUCAUUUUCAUAAGGUUUUGUUACCAACUAGUACCCUACCUCGUUUGUUAUUUAUAUUCAAAAUUUCAAUACAUCUUUCUCAUAACCCACAUUGGGUUAAUAAAUCAUCUACUGCCUAUCAACAGAGAUUAUUGCAUCAUUAAAAUUUCAAAACCAAAACAAAGCA